ACUUUGUCACUGAGUGAGUCAAUAACUCCAAUGCCUACUGGUGUACCCAUCACGCCUACAAGCGUGAGUAUCUCUGCCAUCCCAACAGCUACUACUCCAGGCCGGCCGUCUAUACCAGCAGUCAUGCCAUCAGUAACACUGACACCUACUUCAACAGUGGGGCCGGAUGUAGUAGAUCCCACGAGGGACGAAACACUAUGCCCACGAAAAACACCAAUAAUCAAGCUAAAAACAAGGAAGAGAAAGAAAUCAAGACGCUACAGCAAGACCAGGGAUACCAAGAAAGAUACUCGUGACAUGACCAGGACUUUCAAAACCAAGUCCAAGAGGAGAAGUAAAUCUCAAGGCUCGAGAAAAACAAAGACUAAGACUAAAAGUUACAAGAUGAAGAGCUAUACAUUUGAAAGAACAGAAUGUCCUCCAGAUAAAACUACAGAUAGCUUUACCAAAGAAAAUACUAGAAAACGUACAACAGGAAAAUCGAAAACAAGAAUUACUUCUUCAAAGCGGACUCGUUCAAAAUCCAGGUCUAAGGGUUCUAAAACAGGUGGUAGGACCAGAAGUAAAUCUAUGGCAUCAGCCAGUCCUCCACAAAAACCAAGGGACGUCUUUACAAAGAAAACCGGAAGACAUACACCCAGAAAAUCGAGAAUUACUUCUUCAUUAAAGCGAACUCGUUCCGACCCAUCAAAAAUGACACGGGGUUCAAACACAGGUAGUAGAACUAGAGUUAAAUCUAUGGAAUCAGAAAGCUGGCGCAAAAUAUCACUUUCAAAAGAAGGAGAGUCAAGGACUUGGAGCAAGAUGAAGGCAUUAAUUGGAGAAAUACUUUUCAGUGAACCGAAUUGGCAGUUUUGCAGCAAUUUAGCUAACUUGGAGGAUAUUCUAUCAACAAACAACAAUUACAAGCUUCAGCAUCACAAAACACUCAAGAACCUUAAAACAAACGAAGAGAAGUUGUUCAAAGAACUAACUGGUCGGAGGCCACAUAUGGACUGCAAAAUGUUAUCAGAAAGAGACCUAAAUUCAUACCCAUUACAGGUGCUGGCUGAAUGGCAACAUAAUGAAGAAAAAGUACACUUACUUUGUAUUGUACACCCAGGCAAGAAUUUAAAUCAGUUUCUUGUAAUAUAGUACUUAUAAAAAAUUAACUUGCUGCAGAAAUUUUAGAGCAGUUUCUUCAGCAAAAAUUGGCUGGAUAUCACAACGUUUUUGCAGCAGAACUGGUUUAUCAGCUGGUGCUAAUGACAUGCAGAAAUGAAGACGGACGAGGAUGGAAAGACAUGCCACAGGAGACAGUACUAUGUUGCAUUGAACUCGAGUGUGAAAACUCAGAGAGACACCCUACAUAGCAUUUCCAGUGUAAAAUGUUCGUUGUGCGCACGCUCAG